UUAAGGAAUAGGAGAUAGGGUUAGAAUUUAGGAGCUGAUUUUUGGAUUAUCGGAACGCAACCCUGGAAUACUCUUCAAAGCUCUCAGUACUGCAGUCUGCUGUGAUGGCCAAGCUGCAGGCCUUUGAGUUCUGGAGGAAGACCCUGAAGGAAGCCCGAUAUGUGGUGGCCCCCAUGGUGGACCAGAGCGAGCUGGCGUGGCGGCUGCUGAGUCGCAGGCACGGCGCUCAUCUCUGCUACACCCCCAUGCUGCACGCUCAGGUGUUUGUUAGGGACGCUAACUACAGGAGAGAUAACCUCUACAAUGAAGUGUGUGAGGAGGACAGACCGCUCAUCACACAGUUUUGUGCCAAUGAUCCAGAGGUGUUCAUUCAGGCGGCUCUGAUGGCGCAGGACUACUGCGACGCCAUCGACCUGAACCUGGGCUGCCCACAGAUGAUCGCAAAGAGAGGGCAGUAUGGAGCUUUCCUACAAGAUAAGUGGGAGCUGCUAGAGAAGAUGGUCAGGUUAGCCAAUGAAAAGCUCUCGGUGCCCAUUACCUGCAAGAUCCGUGUGUUCGAGGAGAUGGAGAAGACGGUCCGCUACGCCCAGAUGCUGGAAAGAGCUGGCUGUCAGCUGCUGACAGUGCACGGCAGAACCAAAGACCAGAAAGGAGCCAUGACGGGGAUCGCUAACUGGGAGCACAUCAGGGCAGUACGGAAGGCGGUAAAUAUUCCAGUGUUUGCAAAUGGCAACAUUCAGCACCUGAGUGACGUGGAGUGCUGCAUUCAGGAGACGGGAGUACAGGGAGUCAUGAGCGCAGGUAUUGUUUCACAUUACAUGUUAAUAAGUGAUCUUCUAUAAUGUACAUUCAUGCUCAGGCUAUGCGUU